CUCAACUAAUGGAGACCAGGAUUACAUACUUCUUGACCAGACCCUUGUCUGCGUAAUGGUCAUUUCCCAAUUCGCGCCGAGCAUGACAAAGGGCGUUCACAUCAACGUCAACGUGCAGUACAAGGCGCUGCCCGGCGCCAACGUCGCCAACGUCAUCCAGGUCUUCGAGUCGACGACGUGGGCCAACUUUAUGGUCACGUACAUUGGCCCGCACCUCAAGGCGUACACGCCCACGAGCACGACGAUCCUCGCGCAGCUCCCGUCCUGGCAGGUCGCCGCGUCCGACGAUGCGUGCGUCAUUUGCAUGUCACCGAUGGACGAUGACCGCAUUGCGCUGCCGUGCCAGCACGCCUUUCAUCACACCUGCAUCCGCGAGUGGCUCUCGCGCCGCAACACGUGCCCGCACUGCCGCCACGCGUUCGAGAAGGAGCUCUCGGGCAAGUACGCGGUCUCGCGCCUCCAGACCACGCUGCUCCUGAACGACACCAUCACUGCCUCGGCCUCUGUGCACGAUGAGCCCGUUGGCGGCCAAACGAUGAACGCAGUCGUGCAGAUGACCCUCGUGCAGGCCGUGGACGCGACAAGCGCCGCCUGCGACGUUGUGGUGUGUGUGCAGGCCGAACGGCUAGCCGGCCCGUCGUCGCCCCAGAAGACAAGGAAGCGAUCCUUAUCGACGUCGGACGCCGCCGCGGCGCUCAAGCGCCUCCGCACGGGCUAACUUGCACCCGCUGCCCGACCCAUGUAACUCUAGCCACGACGUUCUUGUCGUACGACUGCGCAGGACGUUCCGCGCACACCUGAUGCUCGUCCACGGCGCCCAUUUUCCGCGCGCACUGUAGUUUAGACAUGUCUUUUUGCUGUGAGGUAGCAUACACUGUUGAACAAUAGACACGAUUUCCCUUGA